GCGCUCAAGCAGGCUUUCCACUCGGAGCGGGAGAGGCGCCGCCGGGCAGAACUGUGCUCGGCUCUGCUGCCGCCACACUUCCGAGCCAUGAGGAGCAUCUGGAAGGCGGCGGGGCAGCCCGUGUCUGGCAAACGGAGGAUGCCAGUCGUGAGGAGGCUGUCGUCCAGAAGGCGAAGGUCAGCUCCUGCCCCACGCCCUCCAUCCUCACCAGAGCCACCAGAGCACGACGUUGGCAGGGACACCCCCAGCAUGCUGCCGUCACCGAUGCUGCAGCGUGCCAAUGACGAGCCAGAGAGCUCAGCUGGUGGGAAACACGUUGCUGGAGCGCCACCCACAGCCCGUGCCAUGCCACACACCUGUUGCUGCGUCUCUUCCCUCUCCCUCCUGGGCUGUCACACUGACCUGAUGCAGAAAGGAGGUUUUCCUGGUGAGACGUCCCUGGGGAUGGGAAGAGGAAACCAAGUGCUGCCACUGGCUGCUGCAGCCACAGGCUCCCACGAGACAGCAGCCACAAGUGAGCAGCCAGCAGCAGGUGAAGAUGCAUCAGACACAAGCCUGCAUGAUCCUCGCGUGAAAGGCUUGGUCCUGAGUCUCCAGCGUCAAGUGGUGCAUGUCCUGCACACAUUCUGUCAGCAGCAGAAGGCAUAUCUGGAGAACGUCUUCCACAACCUCGGGCAGGGUGAGUCUGGAGUGCCCUGCUGCCCUGGUGCUCCUCACACUUCCUCGGAUCCCAAAGAGAACCCUCAGCUGUCCUCUGAUGGCAGGUGCGCCCCCGCCUGAGUGCCACCAUCGCUGGCCCUAGGAGCAACAGCUUUGCUACAGAGCCAUGGCACAUAUCUUUAUAUCAGAGGUUCCAGAUAUUUUUAGAGUUUAUACUAGAGAGAAGUUAAUAAAAUUAAAAAUAGCUUUUCUACCA